AGAAUAGAUCACGGAUUAUAAUGUUUAAUAAUAUUAUGUAUUUCGUGGUGAUGGCAAUAAUUACUGAUAAAUAAUAACUAAUAAUUAGUGAUAACUGAUAAGUUUUCAAAAGUUAUCAAUUAUAUUUUAUUAUAAUAGAUUAUAGGACCUGGGUUUAAUAGUUAUUCGUAUUUCUAAAAUCAUUAUUAAUACCUCAAAAUAAACAAAAAAUUUUUUAUAUCAAGUAAUAUAAUAUGUUUUUAAUAAUAUAAUAAUAUAUUGUUAUAUUAAUUAUUAUUAAAUUACAUUAUUUGGUUUACUUAUAAUUUUUUACAUUUUACAAAGUAUCAAGGUCUAAAAACUAGAAAAAAAAAUGUUACAAAAAGAUGUGAAAUUGGAUAACACAAGCAAAACAUGGAUUUUAAAGAAACAUAUCGAUUUUUUACAAUCAUUUGGCAAAGAAAGACAUCAAUAUGAAAGUAGUAUGAUGGAAUUUCUCCGUAUGUCUGGUAUGUACUGGGGUUUAACUGCAUUAUAUCUAAUCAAUGAUGGAAAAAUACCAAAAGAAGAUGAAAUAUUUGAAUAUAUUAAAAGUUGUGAACAUAGUUGUGGCGGAUAUUCACCAGCCCCUGGUCAUGAUCCACAUUUAUUGUAUACACUCAGCGCGGUUCAAAUUGCUUGUUUGCUUAAUCGAGAAUUGGAAUUACCAAUUGAAAAGAUUGUGUUGUAUGUAUCUAAACUUCAACAAGAUGAUGGCAGUUUUACUGGAGAUAAAUGGGGAGAAAUAGAUACCCGUUAUUCAUUUUGUGCAUUAGCAUGUUUAUCACUUUUAGGUAAACUAAAUGAGAUUAAUUUAGUUAAAGCCGUAGAGUUUAUAAAAAGCUGCCAAAAUUUUGAUGGAGGUUUUGGAUCACGACCCGGAGCUGAAAGUCAUGGUGGUUUAAUUUAUUGUUGUGUUGGAUCAUUAUCUAUUGCCGGACGACUAGAUUUAGUUGAUGCUGACACAUUGGGCUGGUGGUUAGCUGAAAGGCAAUUACCAUCUGGUGGACUAAAUGGACGCCCUGAAAAAUUACCAGACGUUUGUUAUUCAUGGUGGGUGUUUUCAACAUUAAACAUUUUAGGACGUGACCAUUGGAUUGAUAAAGAAGAAUUAAAAACUUUUAUUUUAGCAUCUCAAGAUAAUGAAGGAGGUGGAUUCAGUGAUCGUCCUGGGGAUGAACCAGAUCCUUUUCAUACUCUUUUUGGUCUUGCAGCAUUAUCAUUAAUGUCAUAUGAUAAAAUUUUACCAAUAGACCCUACUUAUUGCAUGCCAAAAGCAGUUAUUAACCGAUUAGGAUUAAAACCUCAAACUUUGUCCCGGCCUUAAAACGUAAGGACUUUUAUGGAAUUCAAGUUUAUUAUUUUAUUUAAUAUUUUAUUAAUUAUAUUAUGCACAAAUUUAUAAAAAUUAAUAUCUUGUAGAUUCUGAAAUGGAUAUAUUAUAUUGUAAUAUUUUCUUCCUGUUCUAUUCUGUAUUUCUUCUACAUUAUAUUUUAGUACUAAGUUUUUAUUUCAAUUUUGUAUAACUUUAAUUUAUAAACAAAAUCAUGUAUACAAUUUUUAUUUAUGAAUAUAUAUUUUAAAAUAAAAUGUGUUACUGUGAUUAUUUGUGAAAUAUUAA